ACAAAUCACAAGUCUUUAUUACAGUCAUGGAUAAACCCGGCACAGGUAAGGUCGACGCCGAGGGAAGCAGUGGAAGUGGCGGUGGUGUCCGGUACCGGGGAGUGAGGAGGCGGCCAUGGGGGAAGUUCGCGGCGGAGAUCCGGGACUCUACUAAUCAAGGACAGAGGCUGUGGUUAGGGACUUUCGACACGGCGGCGGAAGCAGCCAGGGCGUAUGACAGAGCUGCUUAUGCCAUGAGAGGCUCAUUUGCAAUCCUCAACUUCCCAAAUGAGUACCCUCUCACAGCUGGUCGUUCUAACACUGCAACAACGUCGGCGGCGGCGGCGGCGGCGGAGGCUUCUUCUUCUCACUCGCCGGCUCCUCCUCCUCCUCCUCCUUCAAGGAGCGGCCAUGAAGUUUUCGAGUUCGAGUACUUGGACGAUAAUCUGUUAGAGGAGCUUCUGGAUUAUGAGGAGAAAAAGAAGGGAAAGUGAUGAAUCUUUCUGAGAAAUUAGUUAUUGCUGUUAUUGGGAGAAUCUGCAGCCACACACACACAUCAGUGAAUCGUGAUGAUGAUGAUGAUGAUGAUGAUGAUUAACAGAUCAGAUUUGUUAUUUUAGAUGAAAUUGCAAGCAAUUAGUGAGGCUUUGCGAAGGUAGGCAAGUGGUAGUAGUAUUACUGGGUGUACUCCUUCUCCAAGCAGGUUAUGAUUUGUGUCUAAUAGUCAACAUUGUCCCCAUAUGAUGUUUUCUCCACUUCAUUCUCAUUAUUAUAUAUCAACUUUUUUGUU